AUGCAAGCUUCACGGUGUCCUGACUGGCCGGGCUUAAAGUUUGCUGCACCUUUUCAAAUACCUUCUGCCGUCAUCAGCGGGCGCGGGUCUUCCUCCUCCCCCAAGUUCCGACUCUACCAGAGCCCAGCUUCUGCCCUUGGCAGCAAAUCAAAUCGAUCCCAUCCUCAGUUCCAUCGCACGCCUUUUCUUCCUCAUGAGUGA